ACACUAAUAGUGAAGGAAAGGGUAAGAAAGAAAGACAAGGGAGACGGCGAGUUGGGUUUUUUGAAGUGUGGGAGAGAGUCCGAACCAAACCUAAGAAACCCAACGUUGGAGAAAGUGAUUCUGGUAUUCUAGAUUCUGGUUUCUUCUGUUCUGUUUAUACGCACAAAACAACAACAGCCUCAGGAACAGAAACAGCAAUGUCGAACACUAACUUGGAAGAUGUUCCCUCUCUGGAUCUCAUGACUGAGCUCCUUCGUCGCUUCAAGUGCUCCUCCAAACCUGACAAGCGCCUUAUUCUCAUUGGCCCACCUGGAUCUGGUAAAGGUACCCAGUCGCCAAUCAUAAAGGAUGAGUACUGCUUAUGCCACUUAGCUACUGGUGAUAUGUUAAGAGCAGCUGUAGCUGCCAAGACCCCUCUUGGUGUUAAGGCUAAAGAAGCUAUGGAUAAGGGAGAACUUGUUUCUGAUGACUUGGUUGUUGGGAUUAUAGAUGAAGCAAUGAAAAAACCAUCAUGUCAGAAAGGUUUCAUUCUUGAUGGUUUCCCAAGAACUGUGGUCCAAGCACAGAAGCUUGAUGAGAUGCUGGAUAAGCAGGGGGUGAAAGUUGAUAAGGUGCUCAAUUUUGCAAUUGACGAUUCAGUCCUUGAGGAGCGAAUUACUGGUCGCUGGAUACACCCAUCUAGUGGCAGAACAUACCACACAAAAUUUGCCCCUCCUAAGGUUGCGGGGGUUGAUGAUGUUACGGGCGAACCACUUAUCCAGCGUAAGGAUGACACUGCAGCUGUUCUGAAGUCAAGACUGGAGGCAUUUCAUAGGCAAACUGAGCCCGUUAUUGACUACUAUUCGAAGAAGGGCGUAGUUGCUAAUCUUCAUGCUGAGAAACCUCCCAAAGAGGUGACAGUUGAAGUAGAGAAAGUGCUGUCUUAGAUAGAGUUCAUCCCUGGAUACUCCAGCUCGAACUGCAAGUGUUCCUUUUUUUAGGAAAACUUAACUUUGCCAAUUUGUAUUUUUAAUAUACUCUGAAAUUCGCUUACCUUUUCAGCUUUACUGCAAAUGCCGGCUGUUCUCAACCCAGAUUCGAAGAGCUACUUUGAUGAAUAAAAAGUCAAGUGAAUUUGAAUUUAUGUUCUGCGUACGUUGUUGCAUGAAUUUUCUUUCGACAUUUGGGUGGGAAAAUCCGAGUUGCUCGUGUUCCCCGAACAUGCUUUUGACGCUGUGGAAUAAGAUUUUCCGAA